GCGGUUCAUUCAUCUUCUUCCUCACUCAGAGAGGCCAGUUCGGAGGGAAGCCAUCUAUUUUACAGCAGUUUUGAAACAGAAAGGCUGUCCGUAAAACAACUGAAGACAAAAAAAAAAUAACAAGGAGAAUAAUCUCUUUCCUCUCUAAAAACAGCAGAGAGGUGAGGCAUCAUGGGGAAACACAACAGCAAGCUGGCCCCGGAGGUCCUGGACGACCUGACCAAGAACACGGAAUUCAACGAGGCCGAGCUGAAGCAGUGGUACAAAGGCUUCCUCAAAGACUGCCCUUCCGGCAUCCUCAACCUGGAGGAGUUUCAGCAGCUCUACGUCAAGUUUUUCCCAUACGGCGACGCCUCCAAGUUUGCCCAGCACGCUUUCCGGACGUUUGACAAAAACGGCGACGGCACCAUCGAUUUCAGGGAGUUCAUCUGCGCCCUGUCCAUCACCUCCAGGGGCAGCUUUGAGCAGAAACUCAACUGGGCCUUCAACAUGUACGACCUGGACGGUGACGGCAAGAUCACACGCAUGGAGAUGCUGGAGAUCAUCGAGGCAAUCUACAAGAUGGUGGGCACGGUGAUCAUGAUGCGCAUGAACGAGGACGGCCUGACCCCGCAGCAGCGCGUCGACAAGAUCUUCUCCAAGAUGGACAAAGACCACAACGACGAGAUCUCCCUGGAGGAGUUCAAGGAGGCCGCCAAGUCGGACCCCUCCAUCGUCUUACUGCUGCAGUGCGAUAUGCAGAAGUAGACGGCGGUGGAGGGUGGCGAGGGUGGCGGGGGGGUUGGGGAUGUGGCGGUGGAGGACAGAAUUCUGCGAUGCGGAGGACGAGGAGGAGAAUCUCAUUCCCGGUGUCAUUUCGAUGGUAGAAGAUUGAAAAAAAAAAAAAAAAAAGAUUGUUUCUGAGAAAUGUGCUUCUGAUGGCAAGGCCAUCAUCAAACUGAACGAGCGUAAUCAGCCAAAUCCCCUCCCACUUUGACGAGCGUUACCAACCAGAUUACAAGGUGACGUCUGCAGGCAGGCUUCAGGCCAAACUCCAUUAAACGCUCAUUAUGUCAUCAAGGUACUGCAACAAUUUGAAAUCUGAGGCAAAACAACGACGGCUUUUGUAUUGUCUCGUGUUUAGAGAAGCAUAAACGUCAAUAAUUGCGAUCCUAUCAGUUGUUUGCAAUUAUUCACCAUUGUUUUCAUGGCCCCCCCUCCGAAUUGAAACACUUUUGAGAACCUGAUAAUGAUUUAUUGAUCCGUACAAACCACUGUAUGAGUUGUUAGCGCCAGCAUUCUGCAUACCAUCACCCGAUUGUCAAAAUAGAUGAAAAAAAGGACCUUUAAACAUUUUCCAUGUUAAAAGGGAACUGCACUUUUUUAUUUUUUAUUUUGCUUAUCGUUUACAAUCAUGAGAGACAAGAUAAAAGUUUUUUUUUUUCCGCAUUCUAACAUCCAAUCCAAUCCACUUUAUAUAUAUAUAUAGCACAUUUAACCUCUUAAAGCCCAAGCUGUUUGUUUACAUGCUUUUUUUUUAUUUCUCUUUGCUAUUUGGGCUUAUUGGACCCCAAUUAGAAUAAAAACUAAGAAUCAUCUUUUAAUAUGAUGUACUUAGUCCAUAAGUACACAAACGUGUACUUCAUGUUUAGUGACAUGCUAAUUGUUAUUUUUACACUUUUUUUUUUUCCAAAUUCCAUUGUAUGUUGUACUCUUCUGACACCACCAGAUGGCAGUAUAAGUGUCCACAUAAGGGCCAUAAGACCCCAAUUCAGUAGUGUACACAAUUUUGGAAAUAAGAGCUAAAAGGUGCUGUCCACACAUGUGGCCAACUAAGCCUUUAGAGCAGUGGUUCUUAACCUUGUUGGAGGUACCGAACCCCACCAGUUUCAUAUGCGCAUUCACCGAACCCUUCUUUAGAGAAAAACUUUUCUUUCUUCUUAAUUUAAUCUUAAUUUAUAAAUAUGAAUCAUGAAAUUAUGUUAUUAUAUCAAAUAAAUAUUAAUAAAUAUAUAUAUUUUACAAACAAAGUUACAGGAAUGUACACAUAAUCCCAAGUUUACAUCUCAUUGUGCAACAUGUGAAUGUUUUAGUGGGAACUAAAUGCAAUAUCUAAAAGGGGUACACAUUAUUUCCAAAGCAGGACCCCCACCCAGACAUACAAUACAAGUACACAGCUCAUGAAAAACAAUAUUUUUUGUUAAUGUCAUUGUAAGUGGGCCAAAACACUUAUAUUAGAAAAUAUGGAAAUGACGAAGUUUUUAUUUACACAAUGAGUCGGGUGUGUCUUGACCUCCGCGGCGGAGGCUCCACCAAACCCCUAGGGUUCGAUCGAACCCAGGUUAAGAACCAGUGCUUUAGAGGUUUAAACAACAACAUUUUUUCCAAAGUGCUGCAUAAAAAUAUUAAAAACUAGAUUUAAAUACUAUCCUUAGCUCCGCCAAUGCCUGAAUAAAAACAAAUAUAAAAACAGUAUCAAAAUAAAUAUGAUUACAAACUAUUUUAAAGGGUAAAAACCAAUGGAAACAAUAAGUAGAAAUACAAAUUUAAAAACACAGGAGGACUACACAACUCACGUCGUGUUAAAAGCCAGAGAAUAAAAGUGGGUCUUAAGACAAGACUUAAAACACUCCACUGUGGGAGCAGUUGGAACAUGGAGGGGCAGAGUGUUCCAGAGCUUAGGGCCGACCACAGAGAAGGCCCCGUCUCCCCUGGUUUUAAGUCUAGUCUUGGGCACCACGAGCUGGAGCUGGCUCUCGGACCUCAGAGCGUGCGCGGGAGUGUAAAUCUGGAUGGGGUCCGAGAUAAAAUGAAGCGCCAGUCCAUGCAAAGCUUUAAAACCAAACAGCAACAUUUUAAAAAUCAAUUCUAAAAUGAACAGGGAGCCAGUGCAAAGUUUCAAGAAUUGGGGUUAUAUGCUGGCGUCUCCUGGUCGUGCUGCCGCGUUCUGGACUAACUGCAACCGGGAGAGAGCUUUUUGGCUAAUGCCAGCAUAAAGUGCAUUGCAGUAGUCCAGGCGACUUGAAAUAAAGGAAUGCACGACUUGUUCAAAAAAGGUUAAAAGAUCAAAACGGUUUUACCUUUGCUAAAAGACGAAGAUGAUAAAAACACGAUUUUAAAACACCAUUGACUUGUUUGUCAAGUUUAAAAUCAUUGUCUAUAGGACGCCAAGGAUGGUGACAGAAGAAAGGUCCCAAGUCAAUGAGGGCCGGACCAAAAACUAGAAUUUCCAUUUUUCCCUCAUUCAUUAUUAAAAAAAUUCUGGGCUAACCAAGCCUUGACGUCGCAUAGACAGUUGAGAAGGGGUGUCAGGGGGCCGUGGCCUUUUGAAAUCGGCAUAUAAAUUUGGCAGUCGUUUGCAUAAAAGUGAUAAGACACUCCAUGCCUCUUAAAAAUCUCUCCAAGAGGGAGUAUGUCAGGUUCAAACACUGAUGACAUCUAUUAAACAAGACAAGAAGCAAGGAAUUAAACAGAGACAGAAUUCAAUUUAGGUCAAUUGAGGAGAAACGCGUAGUACAGUGUCGUCCCACGCUCUGACGAAAGAUUGUACGCCUCCUCUUUUAUUUGGACUUUCCCUGAUUACAUAGCUACAGCUGUUUCUAAAGGGACGGGGGUCAUAAACAGCCAUCGCCUUUGGUUACAAAACAGUACAAAGAAAAGGUCGUAAAACAGUUCAAAGACAAGGUGCCUGGAGGGAGGUCAGGCCCUGACUCCUCUCCGCUUUGUAGAUCUCGGGUCAAGAAAAAAUCUUCCUGUGGAUUACAAUGCAUAAAAGAAACCGAUACCCUCAUGUCGCUCCCCAUCCUACACAGUGGAGUUUUACAAGCCUUUUGCUUGGUAGGAUCAAAGACAGCUUUUGUCCUCUCGCAGGGCGAGCUGAACUCAAUGUAACACAAAGUUUUGUGAUAACUUAGAUACAAUUAUUCUGACAGAGGAGAUAAAGAGCAAACAGGGUGGGGCCCAGAAUAGAUCCCUGGGGGACACCACAGUAAAGCGGAGCAGAAGAAGUGGUGGCGUCCACCCGGCCUGACAGAGAAGGACCUCUCUGACAGGUAGGAUCUGAACCACUCCAAUACGGUCCCCCUGACACCCACACAGUCUCUUAGGCGCUCUAAAAGACUUGUGUGGUGGACUGUGUGAAAGGCAGCUGUGAGAUCUAAAAGCACUAAAAUGGCAGAGCUGCCAGAGUCAGUCA